AUGUCGAUUACACUGGAGGUCGGGCUGCUCAGUGGCAGGACAGUCACAGUCGACGCUGAUGAGAAUGAAGAAGUGCGAACACUGAAGCGUCGGGCAGAGCUCUCCCUCGGAGUCGGAAGUGGGCGGCUCUUGGGCUCGUCUGGAACCGUUCUGGAUGCAUCUUCACCGAUCAAGCGUGCACGGCUGCAGAAUGGCGAUGCCCUCACCUUGCAGGUACACUCAGUUCAGAUUCAAGCUGCUCGCAACGGUUUUGCUGCCAUUCUCGGAGAUGGAACCGUCGUGGCCUGGGGUAUGUUGACAUGGGGUAUGAAGCACGAUGAAAGCAGUGCUGUGCAGGAUCAGUUGAAGAAUGUACAGCAGAUCCGAGCCUCUCAGAGGGCUUUUGCUGCCAUUAUUGGCGGGGGAUCGGUAGUGACCUGGGGUAGUGCUGCCCAUGGUGGUGACAGCAGUCCCGUGCAGGAUCAGCUGGCAAACGUGAGGCAGAUCCAAGCCUCUGAUGGUGCUUUUGCUGCCAUUCUCGGUGAUGGAUCGGUCGUAACCUGGGGUAGUACUGCCUUUGGUGGUGACAGUCGUCGCGUGCAGGAUCAGCUGAAGAACGUGCAGCAGAUCCAAGCCUCUGGUGCGGGUGCUUUUGCUGCCAUUCUCGGUGAUGGAUCGGUCGUAACCUGGGGUAGUGCGGCCUUUGGUGGUGACAGUCGUCCCGUGCAGGAUCAGCUGAAGAACGUGAAGCAGAUCCAAGCCUCUAAAGGUGCUUUUGCCGCCAUUCUUAGCGAUGGAUCGGUUGUGACUUGGGGCAGUGCUGCCUUUGGUGGUGACAGUCGUCCCGUGCAGGGUCAGCUGAAGCACGUGCAGCAGAUCCAAGCCUCUUUCGGUGCUUUUGCUGCCAUUCUUGGUGAUGGAUCCGUCGUGACCUGGGGUCCUUCUGCCCCCGGUGGUGACAGUAGCGCUGUGCAGAAUCUUCUGAAGCCCAUGUAG